AGUCAUGAAAUUAUUAUUUUCAUUAAAAAUAUAUUAAUAUAAUCAUCAGUACUUAUUGGAAAUAACUAUAAUAAUCAAAUCUAUAUUAAUUGCUUCUUUCGUUUAUUAUGAAGCUUAUUGUUUUAUAUAUUGAGAUUAUUUUCUUAAUACAGCAAGUAUUAGCAAUAAAUGAAGGUGAAUUUAUCCAUACCAGCAAUAAUGAAGUUGUAAACAAGCAUUUAGCAUCGUACCCGCAAAAUAUCAAUGAUGGUAAAGUUUCUAUGUCAGAAUUAGAUGAGAAACCCCAGCAAUCUGCACCAGCGCCUAACUUAUUGGAUAUUCGGUUUAUUCAUUGUCAUGAUGUUGAAUGUGCAAACUCAUACCAGUGUUUGAUACAAGCAUGUGGUCCUUGUGUUGGCAUGGACCCAACCCAAAAUGGGGUUUGUACUGAUCUACUUUGAUACUUGAUUAAUUACUGAGAUUAUAUUUCUAUUAGUUAUUACUAGAAUUAUUAUUCAAUUUUAUAGACUCGGAAACUACAAUAUUUUUGUAUUUAUCGAUUUCCAUUAUUAAUUUAACUAUAUAUAAGUUCCUGAUAA